CAGAAAUCGGCAUAUUUUCCUAAACCCUAAUUUCUCUUAAACUAUAAGUUUAUUAAUCAUGUUGGUAUGUAAAGGUGCUCCAAUACAAGCAGCGAUGUUCGGAGCUGGAGACGCAGAUGGUAGAGUCGACGCCGCGCAGCGACCCGUACCGGGCGGGGGCUAUCGCUCUGCCCGCGCCGGCCGCUCUGCCGGCCCCGAGCUCGUACUCGUCGGUAGAUUCGCGAAAGGACGAGCGGAUUAGCGAUCUGGAAACUGCGUUGCGACGGCUCGAUGAAGAGAAACGCAAGUGUGAAAAGCUGGUGGCCCAGAACAACCUCCUCCGUGACCAGCUGGAGGAGUCCCAUCAGCUCAAUGAGGCUCUGACGGGAGACUUGCAGAAGCUCACUAAUGACUGGGAAGCUCUGAGGGACGAGAUGGCCAUUAAGGAGGAUGAGUGGAAGGACGAGGAACAGGCCUUUAACGACUACUAUUCAAGUGAGCAUAACCGUCUGCUAAGUCUAUGGCGCGAGGUGGUCUCCGUGAAACGUUACUUCUCCGAGCUUCAGUCCAACACGGAGAGGGACUUGUAUCGAGUCAAGAACGACUUUGACUCGUCGGUCAGGGAGCUCGUUGGCACUCUGAGCGGCUAUGCUAUUAAUGCUUAUGCUGCUCAAGGUAGUAAUUCCGACAUUCAACAUGCAACUGCGCAGAAUAUGACCCAACAAGCCACUGGUAACAUCAGCGUGGAGUCGAUGCGUGUGGAGCUGCGCGAGAUGACGUCACAGCGCGACGCCGCCGCCGCCGAGCUGCGCGAGCGAGAUGCGCGCAUACAGCGCCUGCUCGGAGAACUGCAGGGACUGGAGGAGCGAUGCGAGGCGGCUGAGAGCGCCGGUGCGCAGGCACACGUACUACGCGCGGCACUUGAGGACGUGGCGCGCGCACUCAUACAAGACUCUGAGCCCGACCACCAUGCGCACGCGCAUCCACAUGCACACUCUGCGCAUGCGCAUAUGCACCUCGCUGACAGAUCACCGAAGCGCGGCGUGUCUCAAGCGGCUAACGCCACCGCAUUCGCGGAGAGUACCAUCUCAGCGGUGCAAGCUGCUCUGCACAAGUACCAGAUACAAAUACACGAACUACAGGUAAAGUUACAAAAUAGCAGAGAGCAGCUACUGACAAGCCGGAAGCAUUGCGAGACAGCAGAAACCACCGUCAUGUCAUUGGAGAGUAAAGUGCAAGAUUUGCAAGGAAAACUGGACCAAGCCAACGCUGACUUAAACCAACUGCUUCAAGAGAAGGAAUCUAUGCAGAAAACUGUGGAGUCGCUGCGGAUCGACAAGAACAAUCUGGAAAGGAAUAGAGUCGAGAUCAACGCGAUGGUGGAAUCACUAACGUCAGAUUAUGAGAAGCUGCAGAAGAUGAAUUCACGCUUAGAGAAGACGAUAGAAGCGCUCGAGAACGAAAAGCGUGCGCUGAACUCCGAAGUGGACCAUUUACAUCGAGAGGCUUCUACCAGAGAAUCUGUCUUGAGAGCCGAAGAGGAGAGUUCAUCUCGUCUCCGCUCGGAGCUGGUCACCACUCGCGAGGAGCUGAAUAAGACCGCCCUAGCUAGAGACUUACUCGACCAACAGAAGUUAGAAGCUGAUGCUAUCUUGACCCAGAUGGAGAAGCACAGAAGUGAUCUUGAAAUAGAACUAGAAAGAACCAUAAUGGAGAGAAGUGAUCUUCAAGACCUCGUUGAGAAACUAGAAGCUGCCGUCAGGAACUUGGAGUGUGAGAAGAAGAAGCUACAGGAAGAAGUUAAAAAUUUGGAGGACGAAAGAUCCUCGCUCUCGAACCAGUCGUCGGAACAACAAGGCGAUCUGAACUCCUUGCGCAAGGAGUUGUUGGCGGCUGAGCAGACCCGGAUGGAGCUCGAGGCGGACAAGGCGUCGUUGUGCGAGAAGAUUAAGUUCAUCGAGAGCGACAGGGAGAAGGUGGAGUUGGAGCUGCGGCAGGUCAUCAGGGAACGAGGAGAACUAAGUUCGCAGCUGACGUCCAUGGUGCGCAAGAAGGACGCUCUGAACGAGGAGAUGAUGCGCCUGCAGCAGCGACUCGAGCAGGCCAACGAGACCAUCGGCAGAAUCAACAGGGCUUUGGAGGACCACGUCAAGGAUGGCGAGGAGAAACAGAUCUUAAUAGACAGUCUAGAGAAAGACAAACAACACUUGCAAGAGCAGCUGGCGGGCGUCAGGUCAGAGAAGGAUGCGUUAGAAGCGGUGCUUUUCGAUACAGCCAAUCUACUGGAAGACGCUGAGAACAAACGCAGCAAGCUGGAGAGAGACCUCCAGGAUACGCUGGUGAUGCAAGAGAACUUGAAAGGUCAGAUAGCACGUCUAAGCAAGGAUCUGGAGAAUAGCGAACGCAAACUCCGAGAAACGAAGAACUCGAUGCAGCAUCAAUCAGGCAAGAAGGAGGCGGAGUAUCAGCAGAUCAUCACCAACAUCAACCGUACCACCACUGAGAACAUUACCAAGCUUAAGGAGGAGAAGGAACAACUGCGUCAAACAUUGGAACAAAAGUUGAAUCAAACCAUCGCAUCGUUGACGAGUGAGAAGGAAGCUAGCGAGGCGGGCGCGAGGGAAAGAGAGAAGAAACUACUCGCCGCCCGCGACCAGCUCAUAUUGCAACACGAUGAGGCUAUGCUGAGGGCUGAGAACGAUAAACAGCAAGCGUUGCUUAUGGCCCAUCAAGAGCAACAAGCGCUGCUCGAACGCUUGGAAGAAGCGAAACGAGCGCUGGACUGCGAGAUGAACAAGCUGGAGCGGUGCCGCCGCGAUGCGCAGGCGCGCGCCGACCAGGACCGGAACUACGUCAACCAGCUCAAGGACGAACUCGCGCAGCUGAAGACCAGGCUUGAGGAGGCGAAGGCGGCGGCAGAAGACGAGUGUUCCCGUUUCGAAAACAGAAUCAAGGAACUCCACCUGGAGAAGGAGGCCGUGCAGCGCGAGAGCACCGAGCUGCGCGCGCAGCUCUCCCUCGCAGAGGACAAGUACGACAACGCGUACGCGCAGCUGCAGGACACCUUGCGGAAACUCAAGGAGUUGGAGAACGAGUCAGACAGUCUACGCAAGGAGCUGACGGACGUCCGGCGCCAGCUGACGAACUGUUGUGCCGAGCGCGACAAGUACAACACCAGCUGCAAGGAGCUGCGCGAACACGUCAAGCGAGCCGAGCACGAGCGCAGGGACGCCGCGCGGGCCAGGGACGACGCCUACCACAAGAUCGCAGGAUUGGAAGAAAACCGCACCUCCCUGGAGCUGGAACUGUCUCGGGUUCAGACUAUGCUGAAAGAGAGCGAGUCCGGAGGCGAGCAUGUAACUCGUUCGCUGAAGGCCACGGAGGCGCAGUUGAAGAGGGAACGCGCCGCUUUGCAGCAGGCACAGCAUGACAUCAAGGAGUUGCAGUCCAGACUGCAGAACGAGAGCGAGGAGCGCGAGCGGGUGGGCGGGGAGGCGGCGGCGGCGCGGCGACAUGGCGCGGAGCUGGAGGCGCUGCUGCAGGCCGCGCGACACGACCUCGCCGCCACGCGGCAGCGCGCCGCCGAACUCGACGACGCCUGCCGCGCCAGGGACCAGGAGUUGGUAUUACGCUUGGAAGAUUGCCGUUCAAAGGAACGUAGACUUGAAGAGCUCAAACACAAUCUGGAAGUCUGUCUUGCGGAUGCUACACAACAGAUACAAGAAUUAAAGGCGCGCGUGGGCGGCAGCGAGGGCCGGUGCCGCGCCGUGGAGGCGUCGCUGGCGCAGUGCGAGGCGGCGCGGCGCGAGGCGGAGGCCAGGCUGUCGUCCGUGGCGCAGGCGCUGCGGCGCGUGUGCGGCGUGCAGCCCGACGGCUCGGUGCAGGCCGCCGCGCGCCGCCGCCUCGCCAGCCCCGCGCGCCGCUACAGCCCGCACAGAGGUCGCGACCAAUCCGAAGACCGCAACGAGAUAAUUGACGUGGAUCCGGAGCUGAUCAAGAAGGGAGUCAGAACUUUGAUGCACGAAGUGUGCCAGAUCGAACGGGAGAGGGACGACCUUAAGUCGCAAGUAAGUGCGAUGAAGAAGCAGCUGAAGGAAGCGAGUGACCAGCAGGGCAAGGGGGAGGGCAAGCUGCAGUCCGUCACCACCAACCUGCGCGCCAUGCAGGAGGAGAAGGCGCGGCUGCAGAGCGCGUACGGACAGAAGGAGGCGCAGCUCAACGCACUGAACGAGUCGGUUCAAUCAAAGACAUUGGAGAUAAGCAAUUUGAGGGACAAGAUUACCAGCCUGGAAGCGACGCUCAGCUCCGUCACAGAAGAAAAGGUGCAAAAUGAGAACAAAGCAGAGAGUCUUCGUGUACAGUUGGCCGAACGCGUGCAAGAGGUCGGUCAGUUGCGAGAGGCGUUAGCGGCGGCCGAAGGUCGUGCGGCGAGGCUGGACGUCCGUCGAGCACAGUUGGAGGGUGACGUGCAAAGGGCCGCUGUUGCAGCGAGAGAUAGAGACCAGGCUCUGAAGAAACUGCAAGAGCGUUGCGAAGGCUACACCCGCACGAUCGGCCAGCUGGAGGACCGCUGCACCUCCCUCAAGGGCACGGUGGAGCAGCUGUCCGCGUCGCUGCAGAAGGCCGCCGCCGCCGAGAGUGAGCUGCGUGCCGCCGUGGGCAAGGCACAGCGGGCGCUCAGCGAAGCCAAGAACAACGAACAGAAUGCACUCGACAAACUCAGGCAGAUACAGAAGUCUGUGUCGAAUUGUGAGAACGAGCGUCGUGUGUUGACCGAGAAGUUAGAAAGCGCUAAAGCGGCUCUCGGCGAGUUCAAGCGACAGAACUCGUCACUUGAGGAUCAAGUGCACAGACUCACCAAUCAGCUGGCCAACGUCGAGGUCCAGAGAUCAGGCCUGGAAUCCCAGCUGCGCAUGACCACCUGGGACGGUAAGGAGAGCAGUGACAGCGAGCUGGAGCGGGAACUUCACGCCCUCCAGCGGGAGAGGUCCGAACUGAAGGCGAAGAACGACGCGCUGCAGGAGUCCAUGCGGAAGAUAGAGGCUGAGCGCAGGAUCACUGGGACGCGACCCUCGGCCUUGAGGAGCAAGAGUCAUGACAGGACCGACAAGUCUGUGUAUUACUCGGAUUUGGAUUCAGGCCCUGACUCCACAAAGGACUCGUCAACCCAUUGUUACAAAGAGAAGGAAAUCCCAUGCAGGGACAAAGGGUUUGGGACUGAUUUAAGUCUACUUGAGUUGGAGAAUAGAGAGCUAAGAAUGAAGAUCCGUCGCUUGGAGAAGGAGCUCGCUGAUAAGGAAUCCGAGCUGGCGAUGGCCCGCAGCCGCUACCUGAGCGAGUUGUCGUCCGCGUCGCCCAACUGCCGCUCGGACGUGGAGCACUACCGGCAGGCGGCGCUGCAGGCCGAGCGCCUGCUGGAGGCCAGGGAGGCCAGCCACCGACAGCAGAUCAUGCGGCUCGAGAAUCAGGCGGCGCAGCUCCGCAGCCAGCUGUCGGCGGAGCUGCGGCGGCGGCAGGCCUACGUGUCGCGCUCGGGGCGCGCGGCGCGCGACGUGCAGCGCCUGCGUGCCGCGCUCGGCGACUCGCUGCGCGCCGUGGCGCAGGAUCCUGCGCUGGAUUCCUACACCCUGGAGCACGAAGCCAGGAAGCUGGACAGCACACUCGCACACAGCCUGCCGCCGCUCAACGACAGCUAUGAGUCUUCAAAAUAAAUACCGUUUAUAUAGCAACGGGUGUGUGAAGUGACAUAACCCAAUAUUUUUAUUUUUCCGAAUUCGGGAAAUGACUAACGUAUGCUUCAAAAUUUAUAAUAUAGGUAUUGUUAAUUGUAAAUCGUUUGGAAUUGCCGGCAUGUCUUCGUUGAUGUUGACCCUACCUUCACUACGAAGUUCAUCUUUCUUUGUGUACAGUACUCACUGGUUAUAAUGCCUUUGAUUCAUUAUAGAUAUCUAUCGUAAUGCAGUUAAUCACACCCGAGUCAUAACAAAUAAUGUAACUCAUCGGCGUGGAUUUUCCUUCGAUUAUGUUGUGACAAAUGCGGUUUAGUCAUUUGCAGGAUGUAUAGAAAAAUAAAUAUUUGUCGUCUGACGUCAUUUUUCUGAUGCCGUUUUUAAUUUAUUUUGGGUUAUGUCGCUGUUCAUAAUGGUGUACAGUAUGGCACGUUUCAUAUUGGAACAAAUAUUGGUGUCAUCUGCAAAUGUUUGUCUUUUGUGACUACAUUAUCACGCCUGCUUUGUAGUACAAAUAACUUUAAACGAGUUAAUGUCUUGUAUCAACAUGUAACAAAUUAUUUAAAUUGUAAUUUUUAUCAGAGAAGCGGAAAUGAGAUCACUUUUGAAUUUUAAAUAACUUGCACUAUUAGAAUAGCUCUUCCAUUUUAAUACUAUGACAAAAUUUGAAAUGAUUUGUCGUCACUCGCUUGAAUCUUUUACUAGUAUUCCCAUCUCGGAUUGUCUCGGUGGCGUAGUUGUUGCGUAAACGGUACACCGUUCUAAGGUCCCGUGUUCGAACCUCGGGUCGUGAUAUUGAGGUUUUUUGCUCAGUAUUAAUCAGGAAUUUGGUAUAUAUAGUAUUGUCCAUGUACGGUGCAGGUUCGGCUUGAGUAUGAAGUUUGGUAGGACUAUGUAGCUUUAGUCAAAUUGGUCAUUAAUUAAUAUUUCUUUAAACUUUAUAUACAGUGUAUGUAUACAGGUGGACUUAAUGACUGAGGCAUUUUCUAACAGUCAACCUUUAGGUGAUGCAGAGAUGAGACAAUGUGUGCAAUAGGUACUGCAUUUAUCCCUUUAACAAAUAUAAUUAUUUUUGUUGCUGUUCGUUGCUUCGAUACGUUGAAUAAUUUGCAUCAGACAAAUUGAUCAGAUUUAUUACCGACUCGCUUUUGCUCGUGGCUUCGUCCGCCUGAAAGAUUUUUGCGGGAUAAAAGUCCCGUUAUAUAAUUUUCCGGAAUAGAAAGUAGGCUAUUACCUUCCCAGGGUCUUAAACUAUCUCCAUACAAAAUUUCAUAAAAAUCCGUUCAGUAGAUUUUGAGAAAAUGGAUAACAUACAGACAGACAGUACCAAAUGUUUGUAACAAGUUAUAUUAAGACUACAACACUCAGACUAUCAAAUCCAUACUCUUGAGAUAGUGUUUGAUUUUAUCACUUACCUACUUACCGCAUUAUUGCUCUCAGCACUUAUCGAUAACAAAUGGUUUAAAAUACUUAAAUCAUCGUUUACUGUGUCCCUCAUCCUUAGGCGCCGCCAAGAUAAGGUUUAGGGAGGUGUAUGUGCACCUACACACUAUACUGCUAUGUCAAGCGCAAAAGCGGUAUAUCAAGGAAAUCUUAUCGAUAUAAUCGAAGUUUUGUAAGUAUAGAUUUGUAUGUAAAACUGAGAUAGAGAGACUCUUUUAAGGUUUUUUUGAACAAGUUCUAUACAAGAUAGUUAUUUAGGUAAGUGCAUUGGAUGGGUAUUUCUUUAAGCUAUUUGACAUUAAAAUCAAGAUUUUGAUUUUUUUUUCAAGAUACCGCUUUUGAGUUUAGCACAUAAAGAUUUUAUUUCAAAUCUAAAUCUUGCGGGUAUUUGAACAUUCUUUAUCAUAAAUAAACCUCUGUGGUGGAUGUUAGGGACUUGUGUUUUGUGAUUUCUUUUGUUGCACUUCUCCCGGCGGCCAUGCUCUCAUCGUCGAUGUCUCGUCCUCUCCCAAUGACCUUCAUGAGCCGAGGUUCCUAACCCGUUAGUGGGUUGCCCUAAAGUCGCUUAAUUUUCAAGACUUGUGCGAGUAGCGUAUCUUGCUAUAGAGGUGCCCUAUAUCUAAAUUUGUUGGAGGCCUUUCAGGGCAGUGCGAACUUUUGGGCGCCGCUUAGUUUAAUGUAGGGAUGGGCCAAGAGGGGCUCCAAAGCUCGCGAGCCCCGUAUUACUGAUACGGCUGAUACAGAGGUAGAAACGCCCCUGGGUUUUAAGCACCUGAAGCGCUUGUGCAAAAGUCCGGUGUGUUUGUAUAAGCUGGGUCUUAUCAGGCUAACAAACGUGUCACUUUAAAAAAAAUAUUGGGUAUGUUCUGGGCCUAAGUUAUUUGUGGUGACAAUUUCCAGUUAACCCUUUUCUGACACAAUGUAGGUAUUUUAUGUAUUUAAAUAUAUGUGUUAUAAAGGGAUUGGACAGGUGAAAAAAACUUUGAGUCAGGUAGGGUUUUGAAUUCUAUAAAAAGAGACGCAUUCUUAUUUUGAAGUUUUUUGUUAUAUUUAAUCUCCUAUGAAUGCGAUGAGACAACAUUAUAUUGUAGACAUUUGUAGAUAUAACUACCGAAGUAAGUUAGCGCCUCUGCAAUCUUCAAAAUUUGUUAGGCAUCCAAUAUUCCAUUCAAUGAAGAUUUUGUGUCAUUAAAUUCGGACCACAGUAUGCUAAAAGCUCGUUUCGGUAUUUAGUGUCACUUUUAUCAUUGGGCUAGACAUGUUUGAGUUGAGAAGGUAAAUUUAUGGGUUCGAUAGGCCGUUCCAUAGAAAGAGUGUUUACAAUUCGCAACACGUGGGUUGUCCGAAAUUGGAAAUAGAGUUUAUUAUUGCGACACGCUCGCCUACUACGGUUGGUAUGUAAAUAUAAAACAAACGAACCGCAGGCGGACUUAAUAUCCGCCUACCCCUCCCGGAACAUAGGCGUGAGCUUAUGUUAUGACUUAAAUGGAUGAGACGCCUACGAGUAUACACGAAGAGGAAGUGAGUAAUAAAAUUACUUCCUAAGAAAUAAUGGAUGCAAAAAUUGAUCUUUAGACCGAUUUGUUAUCAAACAGCAUGACUCAUGAGUCAACGUCUUGACCAAUGAUUCACGACAGGUCAGCUACCGGAAGCUUAGGAACACGUUGUUUCUCAUGCUAAUGAAUCAAAUAUUCUAGUUUCUAACGCGUAUGCAAACUAAGCGAUGGAAAUUUGCAAAUUUAGACUCAAUUACCAACGAAUUAGAAGCUGAUUUCCUUAUCUAUAUUGGUACAGCAAUUUGUAUAAUUUAUCGAAGUUUAUGUCUACAUGCAUACAAUUUCUUUGAAAAGGAUAUUACAAAAUCUUUUAUAUAAUUCCUAAAACACUAAUUAGUGACGAAGUUAAAUGUGAAGCUAGAAACGGAAUAAUUGCCUGAAAUGCGAUAACAUUUACUCGUUCUGGACCAAAUUCUCGUUUGUCCUAAAUAAUGUGUCGGUUCUGACAUAAUAUCUGGGGCGUUGACUUAUCGCUAGUAAUAUUUUUGGAAUGUCUGUUUUUUAUCCUAUAUUUGUUUGAGUUAGUCUUGUUCAUAUUUUGCGGAUAUUUUUUAAAAUUUUGGCUGGAUAGUUAGGUUAAUGAACUUUGGGGUGAACUCAAAUUAAUUCUCUACAGAUAAACAUCUUUAAAUGUUAUCUAAAACUUUCGGGCGGUUAUUUGUGUGUUUUAAUUUGGUUUAUAUUUUUACGUCUGAUAUAUUCACCUCAUUAUAAGGCAUUUAUUAUAUGACAUGUCAUACUGCCGUUUGAUUGGAAUCAUCAGCCAAUCAGUCAUUUAUUGUCGUUGGCAAAUGGAUAUUAAAAUCGUGAAUCACAUAUAUCAGUUUCCUGGAAUUUGUCAUAGUUCGAGUAAUCUCUAAAAACAUUUAGUUUUCCUUUACAAAUAUUUUAUAGAAAAAUAAUAUAUAAAUACACUAAAUAACGCGUCAAGGUUAAUGUAACAUAAAUUAAUAUAUCACGUUAGAGCAUAAUUUUAAAAAUAUUUGACACAAUAUUUUGUGGACGUUUUUUUGCAUGAUUUUAAAAAUUAUACACGUUUUUUUCUCGUGUGCGAAAUACCACCUGGAUAAACACUGUUCCUGCCAUCUUUACGUGGAUCUUGAUUAUUUGUGAUUUUAGAAAUUAAACCCGUAAAUAUCCCUUGCGAAAGUCCACCUAGAUAAACACUGUUUCCGCCAUCGAGCAUCAGUAUGCAUGGUUGAGUCUUUAGGAUAUCACAGCUGGUGUAAUUCCUAAACUUUGGUAGACUUAACAUCUGAUCUCUUAUGGUAAUGAGAGUAGUGCAGUACUAUACAGGUAGGAGUAUCGUUUCCACUGGGGCCAGUGAUUUACUUGUCUUAUACUUACUAUAGUACUUAACGCUAAAUGCAAUUCAGAAUCGAUCUUAACUGUUUACAAAUAUUUUUAAGUCUACGUAUUAUUUUAAAACUGUUUCGUUGAACCCUUAAAGGCAUUCCCUUUGCAUCUGAAUGCGCAUAGUCCGGCUCAGUCACGUUCUAUCACAGGAAAUCUUUAUUUACGGUAUAUUGUACUAGUACUAUAGUUAUUAGAUUUGUUGUCUCAUAGGCAUAGUACUGAGGCUGCGAAUCUUAGUUCGAUGCCUAGGCAUGCCCCGUAGUGUUUCCUUUAUGUAGGACAUCCCUAUAAAAUAAUAGGGUUGUCAAAUUCGUAUUAUACCAACUAAGUUGAUUAUUAUGUUCACCCGAAAUUACUUGAGAAAAUAAUAAACUAUGAAGUAUCACUUCUGCCUACCGCUUCACAGGUGUAUUAACAUAUAUUUAUCGAUGCGAUAAACUAAAUUGGACGCUCUUGGAGUCGGCCAUAUCCAGAAACGUUCGUUUCCUCCCACAUCCAGCCCACGAUGAUUCACCACCGGAGGCUGAGUACGAUUGUGCUUACCAUCGAGAAAUGAGUCAUUCAUAUUAAAAACAGAUUUUUUCAUCGUGUGAAUGGUGGAUUUAUAUGUAUUGUGAUUAUGCAAAUCUAGUCAUCACUAGUCGUUAGUUUUAAGGUUAUGGUUUUACGCGGUCUUGUCGGCCUGAGACUAUCUAGUGUGAAAUAGUAUUGAUAAACGGACUUUGGAAUCGUGUUGAUAUGUGAAAAUAUUCCGUAUGCCGUACGGUUCGAGUGUUUGGUAAUACUCUGAUGACUUGGUGGCAGGAAGAAAAGUUUGCGUCUAUUCGCCUUCCCACUUCUAUUAUAUUUUUGAUAGUUCGCAUUUGUAUCGCAAAUUUUUGAUUUUAACGAUCAUGAUCUAUUUCCUAGAUUUUAGAUAUCAAACAGAUAAUAAGAGUGGGAACGCGACAUGUGUUUAUCAGCACGUAUCACAUUUACCGCCUCUGAUGUAACUUUAAAUGUAUGUUAAUUGUAUUUUCAGUACAAUGUAAGGCUAAUUGUCAGUAAUACGAAUGUGCAAUUAAUGCAAGAUGUAUUAAAAUGACGUAAUCAUGAGAUCACUCGUAAAAAUUAUUGUAUGUCGAAAUUAGUUUAUGGCGUGUGUUUACAAAUUUCAAAAGUUAAUUGGAAAUAAAUAAAUUAAAUUACAGGCAGUGAAUAUGUAUUUUAUAGAAAGUAGGUAUAUAAUGCACCGUUCCGCAUUUAAUGGCACGUAGCGAAGUAAAUUACGUAUGAACGGGGCCCUUAUCGGAUUUCGGACAUUUAUCAUAAAGCAAAUUGUAACGAUAGCGAGUUGCAAGUAUCGAUAACCGAUAUUGCCGGCAACAGUGCAACGUUUGACCCGUUCGCUAGAUAAACGCCCAGACCGUCAUGAUAGACGCUUCAAAAAUAAUCAAAUAAAUUGUUCGUUAUCUAUUCUGUCCCGAGUGCUAUUGUAUGUAGAUCUCUCACUGGCACUGGCUUGUCAACUCCCCAACAGCGCCGUUCGUUUUGUUCCCAGCCCGGGCACCCCAUUGUGAGCUCGAUCUAUGUGUUAGACCUUGUUUCACAUCAUGGGGUGCGCAUAGACAUUUAGUACGCGUAACUCAAUCCUAUUUUGCAUUAUAGAUUACAAUGCUAGUUGUCGUACGUAUGUAUUAAGCUAGGCGUAUUGUGUUCAUUUCCAUUGGACUGUGUCAAUUCUUAUGUUACUAGAAUGUCGACAUACGCCCGCCACGUCACACUGCCAUUAUUUUACCUUUGUAAUUGUUUAGUACUUAGCGAUGUAAAUGUGAGACACUUAUGUAACGUUUUUUACACUGGAUCAAUAAAAUAGUUGUAGACCGAG